ACUUGUUGCUAAGGCUUUUGCAGACGGUUCGCGUCUGUCAUCGAAAGAAAAGUGAUUAACAAGAUAGAUAAGAGACAGAAGCUUUAGGAUAAAUAUUUCGUGAAAUAUUGAACUAGUAUUCCUCGCUAAUGACGGAGUAAAUUUAAAAAAAAAAUGCUCGGGGUUCAAGUUAGACUUUCCGAUUAUACGGAUUUAAGAGAUCUAGUUGACUUGAAUCCAACGCCUUUUGAUCCUGCCGCCGUAUCUUCUUCGUCAACCGCCUACAUAUUAACUGCAAGCACAACGAAGCAAGCUAUAUCUUUAGCUAGAGAGAUAGAAGAUACAAGGCAGGAAGCGAAUGACGCUGAUACUAGGCGACAGAUGGCGUUAGAUGCUCUAGAAAAUUUAGAGGCCGAAAGAGAGCAAACAGAGCAAAAGUUGAAUGAGACUUUAAAAGCUAAAUUUAAAGAGGAAACUAUUGUUACUCAAAAGAUGAAAGCAAUUAAGGGUGAAAGUCGUUCAAGGAGUAAAAAACAUAUUCAAGGAAAAUUAGUUAAACAAAGAGUAGACGGUCAAGAAUUUGUAGAGGGUGAGGAAGUUACAGAUGAAUUAGAAGAAACGUCCAGUAGGGGAGAGGAGACGGAGGAGAUUGCGAUGGAGGAGGAAGAGAGGGAGAAGGAGAUGACGCAUUCCGUUAAAGAACCGACACCAACCCCAGUAGCUUCAACACACGUCGUUCACACAGAAAACGACGAACAUAUCACAGCAGUAGCAUCAUCAGUAUGA